GAGUAAACUUAUACUUUCUCCUUUCAUAGAAAAUUUUAAAUAAUUUAUUAUAACUCGAUACAAAAUUUAUAACUCUCAAAGUAAUAAAGGGGUUAAAAAAGCACACGCUAUUAGGUGGAUAAAAUGAAUGGGGUCAUAAAAUUUUCCUCCUCGGUCUGAGGGUGACAAGGCUUUUCUCUGAUACGGGCAUGUGCAUGUCCCCGUUAAUUACUCCCCCAAUAAUGUGUAUUACUCACUAAUCCCUGUUUGGACUAUUAUUUGUAAGGCCAAUUUACAACCACACAAAAUCUCAAAAAUCUCACUUUGUUUUUUUUUUUUUUUAAUUUCAACCGCAAGUCCAACUCAGUCUCCUUUACAGCUAUAAAUAACCAGCCAUUUCACUUCCAUUUUCCUCACCCCCAUUGGGCCAUAAGAAAAACACAAAGACAAGAUAAACAAAACAGUGGUCUCUGAUUGGCUUGGCUAUCAAAACAGUAUCAUCAUGGGGACUACUAAUGUGAAGGGACUUUUAUUUAGUAUUGUUUUGAUUAAUUUGUCACUAGUUGGAUUUUGUGGGUAUCCUCGAAAGCCAGUUGAUGUGCCCUUUUGGAAAAAUUAUGAACCAAGUUGGGCUAGUCACCACAUUAAGUUCCUUAAUGGUGGUUCCGCUGCUGAUCUUAUUCUUGACAGAUCUUCAGGAGCUGGAUUUCAGUCAAAGAAAUCAUAUCUGUUUGGGCACUUUAGCAUGAAAAUGAGGCUUGUUGGUGGAGACUCAGCUGGUGUUGUCACUGCAUUUUACCUGUCAUCGAAUAAUGCAGAGCACGAUGAGAUAGAUUUUGAAUUUUUGGGGAACAGAACAGGACAACCAUACAUACUGCAGACAAAUGUGUUCACAGGAGGAAAGGGUAACAGAGAACAGAGAAUCUAUCUCUGGUUUGACCCAACCAAGGGCUACCAUUCUUAUUCUGUUCUUUGGAAUACCUUCCAGAUUGUUAUCUUUGUGGAUGACGUCCCAAUUAGAGCAUUCAAGAACUCAAAAGAUCUUGGUGUGAAAUUUCCAUUCAAUCAGCCCAUGAAGAUAUACUCAAGUUUAUGGGACGCAGAUGAUUGGGCCACAAGAGGUGGGCUUGAGAAAACAGACUGGUCCAAUGCCCCGUUUACAGCCUCAUACACAUCGUUCCACAUCGACGGCUGUGAAGCUGCCACGCCACAAGAAGUCCAAGUUUGUAACACCAAAGGCAUGAGAUGGUGGGAUCAAAAGGCCUUCCAAGAUUUAGAUGCAUUACAGUACCGGAGACUUCGUUGGGUUCGCCAAAAAUACACUGUCUAUAACUAUUGCACUGAUAAGGCGAGGUACCCUGUUCCACCACCAGAGUGCACUAAGGACAGAGAUAUUUAAAAUUAUAAUCAAACUUUACAGGGGUUUUUAUAAAAAGCUUAAUAUGCAUUAUGUGUGAGUAUUUUAAGGUUGUUAAUGUAUAAACCUCCAUUGAGAGAACCCUGUGACAAAAAGCUUUCAAUUAUUGAUCUAUUUCCAUAUUCUUUUUGAGUGGAGUCAUGAGAGAUAUAUUAUGUAUCUCAUGCCAGGCCCUUCAUGUCUCUCUGUGUGCCAUCAUCAUGAGUGAUGUAUUGUACUAAUUAAUUGCACUAUUUGUUACUAUCUCUAAAUUAAAAGUAUCAAUCAAUACGUUUUAAAUUAA